UUUUUUUUUUUAAGUUUCAGGGUGGAGGGGGAGGAGGGUCAAUGAAAUUGAGACAAAACUGAGGACUGCCUAAUAAUUCCCAAAAUAUUCUCACUGUGCCUCUUCAGUUAGGAAAAAGCAGUGGUGGUAGUGAGGGGUGAGGGGUGGGAGAGAAAAAGAGGAGGGAGGGACCCUGAUGUCCUGAUUUGCAAAUUAAGAGAGUUGGGCUGGGAGGGCGGGGCUCGUCUUUAAUCCCAGCGCUUGGGAGGCAGAGGCAGGUGGGUUUGAGGCCAGCCUGGUCUAUAUAAAGUGAGUUCCAGGGCUGCUGUUACACAGAGGUCAUGUCUGGGGAAAAAGAUAAGAGAGAGAGAUAGACACAGAGACACAAAAAGAGAGGCUUGUCAGCCUUCCAGCUCCAUAAAGCACUAAUUUUAAGAAUGUUCUGCAUUCAUUCCCUGAAUAUCUACUUGCCAUCAGGACACAGCAGUAAACAAACCAAACCCCACUGUUUACAAUCUAGCGAACAAAGACUAAGGACAAGAAAGAUAUGUGUGGAACUAAAUAUUAGAAUAUGCAAAGGAGACGACAACCAGAAAGGCAACAAAGUAAUAAAAUUGACUAAAAACAGCCUUUCACCCCAUCCUCAACAGAGAGUAAAGUCCAAGAAAUAAUGAAAGGUGAAGGGAAGCGCGGCCUGGCCACCUUGGCGCCUGCGCACUGAGACGUCGUGCAGAAGCCGGCUCGCGGCGUCUCGGAAGCGCAUGCUCUGGAGCGAACACCGGACGUUGGAGGUGGUUAGUCCGUGAGAAUUGAUGGAGGAGAUUCGAGGUGGUUAUUUCCAGUCAGAGAAGGAAGCCGGUGUCUGCUACUCUCUCUGCAUGUUUCCCUGCCAUGAUCAGGUGUCUGUCAGAUGAAGUACAAGCCAAGUUGCGUUCUGGUUUAGCCCUAAGCUCCUUAGGCCAGUGUGUUGAGGAACUUACCCUUAACAGUAUUGAUGCUGAGGCAACAUGUGUGGCCAUCAGAGUGAAUAUGGAAACCUUCCAAGUUCAAGUGAUAGACAACGGACUUGGGAUGGCGGGGGAUGACGUGGAGAAGGUGGGGAACCGGUAUUUUACUAGUAAAUGCCACUCAGUACGGGACCUGGAGAACCCAACGUUUUACGGUUUCCGAGGCGAGGCCUUGGCAAGUAUAGCUGACAUGGCUAGUGCUGUGGAAAUUUCAUCCAAGAAAAGCACAACAUUGAAGACCUUUGUGAAGAUGUUUCAGAACGGAAAAGCCCUCGCCGCCCGUGAGGCGGACUUGACCAGACCGAGUGUGGGGACUACAGUGACGGUCUAUAACCUGUUUUACCAGUUUCCUGUGCGGAGGAAAAGCAUGGACCCUAGACUAGAGUUUGAGAAGGUUAGGCAGAGGGUGGAAGCCCUCUCACUUAUGCACCCCUCCAUUUCUUUCUCUUUGAGGAAUGACGUUUCUGGUUCCAUGAUUCUUCAGCUCCCUAAAACCAAAGACAUAUGUUCUCGGUUUUGUCAAAUUUAUGGAUUGGGCAAGUCCCAAAAGUUAAGAGAAAUACAUUAUAAGUAUAAGGAAUUUGAGUUUAAUGGCUACAUCAGCUCUGAAGCACACUACAAUAAGAAUAUGCAGUUUUUGUUUGUGAACAGAAGACUAGUUUUAAGAACAAAGUUGCAUAAACUUAUUGACUUUUUAUUAAGGAAAGAAAGUAUUAUAUGCAGGCCAAAGAAUGGCUCUGCCAGUAGGCAAAUGAAUUCAAGUCCUCGACACCGUUCUGCCUCAGAACUCCAUGGGAUAUAUGUAAUCAACGUGCAGUGCCCGUUCUGUGAGUAUGAUGUCUGCAUAGAGCCAGCCAAAACUCUGAUUGAAUUCCAGAACUGGGAUACCGUGUUGAUUUGUGUUCAGGAAGGAAUAAAAAAGUUUUUAAAGCAAGAAAAAUUAUUUGUAGAAUUAUCAAGUGAAGAUAUUAAGGAAUUUAAUGAAGAUAAUGGUUUUAGUUUGAUUGGUACAACACUUCAGACACAGUCUACUCAUGAGAAGUGUGACCAGAGCAGUUUCCAGGAAGCGUGUAAUAAUAUUUUGGAUUCCUAUGAAAUGUUUAAUUUGCAGUCAAAAGCUGUGAAAAGAAUAGCUACUUUAGAAAAUAGAACCACACAAAAUUCUGGCGAUUCAGGAGCUAUCAGAAAAAAGACAGAGGACUCAUACACUUAUGAAUCAGAUGACCUGGGCCAUAGAAAAACUGUAGAGUCUGCGUUAUACAACAGUGACAGUGCUUACUUAGGAUCAAGGAUGUCAGAAGAAGACAUAGCCAAAACAUCACACGCUGGAGAAAAUGAGAAAUGGAAAAAAUCUUUGUUGGAAAAUAGGACUUCAGAAAGGCCACAUGAAACCAGUCCAAAAAUGUUUUCAAGCCCCAUUCAAACUCAUCAUCCCCUUGAGGAGAGUGAGGCAGAUCUAGAAAUAGAGAUGAAAAGUAGUACUGUUAAUGUCAUGGCUGCCAACAUUCCUCCAAAUAGUGAAAUUCAGAGUCAACUGGAGCAACUUGAAGAUGCUCCUGAAGUGGAGUGCCAACCUCUGCCCUUUGAGACAACAUUAUUAAGAGCACAGGGUACUCUGAAAAAGAAGGAGAGAAAAAAGGAGCUCAGUAGCCAUGGAAGAGUAAAUGUUUUUAGUUAUGGACAGGUUAAAUUGUGCUCCACUGGCUUUAUCACUCAUGUGGUACAACGCGAACCCGCCAAGUCACCUGAAACAGAACAGUUGUUUAAAAAUUAUGCUCGACCUGGUCCUGUAAGUGCCCAGGAAGCAUUUGGAAAUAGAACACACCAUGCAAGUGAGACUCCAGACAGCAGUAGUUUAACAAGCACUUUAAGUAAAGAAUCCACUCAGCCGCCCCACAAAAGAUUCUGCAGAACAAAUACAGGUUAUGGGACAGAGAACAAACCUGUAGCAACAGAUGACAACUUGGCCCUUUUUCAGGGAAGCCGUAAAGAAUCACACACAGAUUGCUUUUUGCCUGAUACAACCUCCUUUCCGUGGUGUAGAAAUGUUUCCGGUGGUUAUAAGAAAAAAGGUAAAGUGGGUUCCUUCAAACACGUAGUCCGUAGGAAGCUAAGCUUGCGUUCACAAAUAGGGUCUUUAGAGAAGUUUAAGAGGCAAUAUGGGAAGGUUAACAAUUCCCUAGCUGCAGAAGAGGACAAUGACACUGACUUCAGGACCCAUCUUGAGCCUCACAAUGAACCCGAUGUUCUUCUGAAAGAUAAGAGCCUCUCAGAUAUGUCUGAUGGUGGUGAGAUCACUCCAUCAGAGCACAGUGAUGGGUGUCAACCAUUACGUCCCAUCCUGUACCCAGAGACACUUUCCAAAGAAGAUCGCUUAGAACAGAGGCCUAGUUUGAGAGAAAGUCCUAUCACUCUGGCGGAAUUGCUCCACGGUAACAGAAAACCUUCUGAGGUUAAGAAGUCCACUGAAGCCCUGGCUUCUAAAUUAUCCAGACUCAAGGAUUCUGAAAAAGAGAUGCAAACCAUGGAGAUGGCAGGUCCUGUUAGUGAACGUCCAGACUCAGAUCCCAGUUGGAAAGACAAUAGCCAGUGCGCUAGGCUGGACUUAAAUUUUUGUGAAUUAUAUAAAAAUAAACUUGAAAAAACAGAGAGUGAAGUGCUUCCAAUGCCAGAUUCUGCCCCAGAGGAUGAUUCCAUCAAUAAAAACAGCGUGCUGUGUUCUAACAGUGUAACAGAUGACAGGGAGAAACCAGAAACUUCCUUGCUGUUACCCUGUAGUGAUUCUAAAAUCAGCAAAGAUUCAGAUGUUCUUAUCAGAGUCUCAGAGCAACAGAGUGGAAGCCCUGACUCUGCCAGCAGGGAGGUAACGCGUCAGGUAGAAGAUAGCGCCGGCAGCCAAUGUGGAAUCUGUUCCCAGAGCCAUGGGUUUAAAGCAAGAUCUUGUUCUGACAAUGAAGAAUCAAGUACGCACAGUAUGGACUGGCAGCAGCAUUUUGACGUAACCCUGGGAAGAACGGUUUACAUCAACAGAAUGACCGGGCUUAGCACGUUUGUUGCUCCUACUGAUGACAUUCAGACUCCUUGUACUAAAGAUCUGACAACCGUGGCUGUGGAUGUCCUACUUGGGAAUGGGGUCCAGUACAGGUGUCAUCCUUUUAGAAGCGACCUUGUUCUUCCUUUCCUCCCAAGAGCUCAGGAAGAGAGGACCAGGCGGAGACACAACAGAGAUGCUGCUGCUGUCAGUGAACCACUUCAGUCUUUGUUUUCAGAAUGGAGCAAUCCAGUGUUUGCCCGAUACCCAGAGGUUGCUGUUGACGUCAGCAGUGGCCAGGCUGGGAGCUUAGCCGUUAAGAUUCACAAUGUUCUAUAUCCCUAUCGCUUCACCAAAGAGAUGAUCCACUCAGUGCAGGUUCUCCAGCAAGUGGAUAACAAGUUUAUCGCCUGCUUAAUGAGCUCGAGGACGGACGGGAGUGGCCAAGCAGGUGGAAACCUGUUAGUCCUGGUGGACCAGCACGCUGCCCAUGAGCGCGUUCGUUUGGAGCAGCUAAUCACUGAUUCCUAUGAGAAACAAGCUCCACAAAGUGCUGGCCGGAAGAAAUUACUGUCUUCCACAAUAAUUCCUCCACUAGCGAUCACCGUGUCAGAGGAACAAAGGAGACUCUUACGGUCUUACCACAAACAUUUGGAAGAUCUGGGACUUGAGUUGCUCUUUCCAGAUGCUAGUGACUCUUCGAUCCUGGUGGGAAAAGUGCCACUCUGCUUUGUAGAAAGAGAAGCUAAUGAACUUCGAAGAGGACGAUCUCCUGUGACUAAGAGUAUUGUGGAGGAAUUGAUUCGAGAACAGCUGGAGCUGCUCCAGACCACGGGAGGUAUCCAAGGGACACUGCCGCUGACUGUCCAGAAGGUGUUGGCCUCCCAGGCCUGCCACGGGGCCAUUAAGUUUAAUGAUCGUCUGAGUCUGGAGGAGAGCUGUCGGCUUAUCGAAGCUCUGUCCUUGUGCCAGCUGCCAUUUCAGUGUGCUCAUGGGCGACCUUCAAUGCUGCCCUUAGCUGACCUGGACCACUUGGAGCAGGAAAAACAGGUUAAACCCAAUCUUACUAAACUUCGCAAAAUGGCUCAUGCCUGGCAUCUCUUUGGAAAAGCAGAAGGCUGUGAUACAAAGCAGGAGCCACAACAGCCCGUACCUCCUUGUGAGCCACCGUGAGAAGAGUUAUAAGGAGAUGGGUGCUGUGCCCCUGCGCGAGCGGAGAGCAGUACAGCUGUGAGCGGUCGCUGGCCCUGGGUCGCUGGCACAUCUGUCCUGGGGCAGUGGAGCAGGCAGAUGCACUCAAGCCUGAGGGAGUUGAGUUCUUUGCAUCCACAGACACAGGAGUUUGCACAUAGUUCCUAUCUUUUGUAAAUUGACUUAGUGAUAAGAUGUAAUGACUCUGAGGUUGGUCGGUUGGCUUAUGUUUGAAGGGUGCAGCAGUUGAUUUUGAGCAGCUUUCCCCAGCCUCUCAGUUCACAUUACGUGAGGAUGCCCUGAGCCCUGGUCUGCCUUUCUCCAAGCCCCUGGUGCAGCCUCUCCGUCCAUCCCUCUUUUGCAUUUGUCUUCUUAGCCUCACUCCUCUGCUUCUUCACAUUUUGCAUUACAGACAUAUGGUGUCUCUGCUCGCUAUAAAAAUAUUUCCUGAUGUCUUCCAGAGAGACUUUAAAUUAUAUUAGGGAUUAAAAGUUAUUUAUAGCUGGGUGUGGUGGUUUACCUGUAAUCCUAGUCGCAGGGAGGCUGAGGCAAGUCCACAGCAGGGCACCAUUAGCCGAGGCUGUACAUGCAAGACCCUGCUUAAAAUAAAUAAAUAUGCUACUGACAAAGAGAAACACAAAGAUAGAAUAGAGAAAGUUUGAAAAAAUUUUUUAAUUCUUUUGAUAGCCUGGACUGUUCUGGAACUUGCUUUGUAGACCAGGCUAACCUCAAACUCAAGAGAUCCACCUGCCUCUGCCUCCCAAGUGCUGGGAUUAAAGGUGUGCGCCACCACUGCCUAGAAAGAAAAAUUGCAAUCUUAUCCCUGGUUUUUGAUAGUCCUACGGUUUUUAAAACCAGAAGUCAGUGUUUAUAUCCUGAACCAAUAAAACAUUAAAAAAUACUA